ACUCUAUCGAACCUGAGGAUAUGCCUUUGGAAAGCAUUGAAAUGACACAGGAUCAGCUGCUGAACUAUCAGUUGAUGUUUCCCAUAGGCCAGGACAAAUCCAUCCCCUGGAAUGCCAUCACUGCAUACGAAAACAUGAAAGCAAAGAGACUAGCUGAACUCAAGAAAUGGAAAGAGCAGGGACCUUGUCAGAAGGAGCUCUACAGAGCCCUGUAUAAAUUGGCAAAGGCACAGCAGAGAAGCGGAGGGGAGAUUUACAAAUUCUACUUGCCCAACUGCAACAAGAAUGGAUUUUACCACAGCAAACAGUGCGAAACUUCACUGGAUGGAGAAUCUGCUGGAUGCUGGUGUGUCUAUCCAAAAAAUGGAAGAAGAAUUCCUGGAUCUCCAGAAAUGAAGGGAGACCCUGAAUGCCAACAAUAUCUCAACUCACAAGAAUAA